UGUAAAUACAGUUAAACACAUGGAAGUAAAGAAAUUAAUAAUAUUCAUCUCUAAGAACAUUUGAUAUAGAAAUUCUAAUCAACUUCAAAAUUUCUUUAAAAAAAACAAAAAAAUACCCCAAAACAAGAGGAAAAUCAGUAACUGAAGAAUAUCCACUUCGUUCCAUCUACCACCAUGGUACUUCUUUCCUGUUGGAGUGUUUUAGUAUUCACCUUGGCACAUUUUACAAAUAUCCAGGCCACAAGAUGGGAUGUAACAGUUUGUUUUGCUCAGGCUUACUAUUCUUCAGUUCACUGUAAUUUGAACUAUGAAUAUAAAGAAAUAUCAUAUAAAGGCUACAAAAACUGCUUCUACACCAAUUUUGAAUUAAACGGUGGAGAAGAGCCCAGUUCUUUUAAAGUUAAUCUGAAAUAUAAAUAUAAGGCAUAUGUUCAAAAUCACGAUAUUCCAGAAAUGUAUUUUCUCAGAUGCUCAUCAAGUUGUUCUAAGAAGCAGAAAUUAGAAAAAUGGACACAAUGGAACCUUGAAGUUAUAAGUAGUGAGAUAAAUGACAAUUAUAACUAUUCUUUUGAAAUAAAGCCUUCUGGUGUAAAAAAUAUUAAUUUUGGAAUGAAUUCUAAAACAUCAAAUAAAUCAUUCUUCCUUCCAAGGGAAAUGAAUACAAGGUCAAGAAUAGAAAUAGAGACUACAGGAAAAUUUUGGUCAGAGACAGUUGUAAGUAAACCCUUUAUUUUCUCUCAUUUAGAAACACGUAUAACUGGUUCACUUGACUUCAAAGUAUUACUUGUUUUCAGGUUUUCUGGAUUUGAUUAAAUGAAAUACAUGUAUGCAUAUACAUAAUUCAGCAA